AUGAAAAACAGAAGCGAUUUCAGAGAAGGUUCUGGUCCUGUGGUCCGGCGGCCAGGUUCUGGUCCUGUGGUCCAGAGGGUCUUCACUAACAGUCGGGAACGUUGGCGUCAGCAGAACCUGAACGGAGCGUUCAAUGAGCUGCGGCAGCUCGUCCCCACGCACCCCCCCGACAGGAAGCUCAGCAAGAACCAGGUCCUGCAGCUCGCCCUCCGAUACAUCCGCUUCCUGGACCAGCUCCUGACAGACCAGGACCUCAGGCGCCCCCAGGACCUCAGGCGCCCUCAGGGGCGGGCUGAGAGCCUGCAGGGGUCGCUGUCUCCAUGCUCCACCUCUGAGAGCUCAGUAGACGAAGAAUUCAGCCCCGACAGCCUGAUGGAGGAGCUGCACCGUGGGGCUCAGUGGAUGCAGACAGCCUGAUGGAGGAGCUGCACCGUGGGGCUCAGUGGAUGCAGACAGCCUGAUGGAGGAGCUGCACCGUGGGGCUCAGUGGAUGCAGACAGCCUGAUGGAGGAGCUGCACCGUGGGGCUCAGUGGAUGCAGACAGCCUGAUGGAGGAGCUGCACCGUGGGGCUCAGUGGAUGCAGACAGCCUGAUGGAGGAGCUGCACCGUGGGGCUCAGUGGAUGCAGCCAGCCUGGUGGAGGAGCUGCACCGUGGGGCUCAGUGGAUGAAGACUGAUGUUAAUAUCUUUGUUUUAUUUGAAUGAAGUUAAAGUGAUUGUUCAUCUCUCUGAUGAUUGAUUAGAAACUCGUGUGUUGAGUUCUGUGACACAAACUGAAAUGUAGUUCAUGAUG